AUGGCCUCCAAGGCAGAGGACCACCAGCUCGCCGCCAUGACAGAGGAGCUCGAGACUACGAAGAAGACCGAAGGACAGCACGUAGUCUUCGAAGAUAUCAAUCCGGAGGAAGAGAGGGCACUGGUUCGCAAGCUGGACCGAGUCCUCAUGCCCCUCAUGGCAUUCGUCUAUUUCUUCCAAUACCUCGACAAACAAUCGAUAAACUACGCAUCCGUCUUCGGUCUCCGCAAAGAUCUGCGCCUCACAGGCCAAGACUUCUCCUGGGUCAUCUCCCUCUUCUACUUCGGCCAACUCUGCUCCGAGUACCCGGCCGCCUACCUCAUGGGCCGCCUCCCCAUCACCCUCUUCGUGGGCGUCACCAUCAUACUCUGGGGCGCCGUCGAGAUGUGCCUCGGCGCGACGCACGACUUCAGAGGGCUAGCCGCGGCGCGCUUCUUCCUCGGCUUCGCGGAGGGCGCCGUGUCGCCCGCCUUCAUCAUCAUCACGUCCAACUGGUACCGUCGACGAGAACACCCCAUUCGUGUCGCCACUUGGGUGUCCAUGUCCGGAGUGUCGCAGAUCCUGGGGUCUGAUGAUUUUUCUUCUCUUGUCAUCAACGGCUUCGGAUACUCCCCUUUCCAGACGAUGCUCGUCGGUUUGCCCGGCGGCGCAAUUAGCUUCGUCACCAUCUGGAUAUCAGCGCUAGUCCCGCGGUUCUUUCCCGGAACUCGGGUCUACACCUCCAUUGGCCUUUCACUCAUUCCUCUUUUGGGAUCCGCCAUGCUCCUCGCACUCCCGGCGAAGGGCAACGACUGGGGUAUCGUCGCAAGUACAUGGCUUGCGGCGUGCUGUAGCUCGCUUCUCAGCUCUUCGGCGUCGAUGAUGGCAUCAAACGUGAAGGGUAACACCAAGAAAAGCGUCGUAAGCGCGGGGUUCUUCAUCGUCUACUGCGUGGGGUGCAUCGUUUCACCGCAGGCCUGGACGGAGUCUGAUGCGCCGAGAUAUACCAAGGGAUGCAUUCUCAGCAUCGCCAGCUGGAUCGGGCUGAUUCUGACGUAUGUGGUGUAUGGAGUGGCGAUUAGGAGAGAGAACGCUAAGAGGGAUGGCCUUGCGGGUGAAGGCAACUAUGAAUACAUGGUCGGCGGUCAUGAUGGCGGGCAACAGGCUCUGCAGAUGGGUGUUGCUGUUGAUUCGGACUUGACGGACGUGCAGGAUAAGGGCUUCAGAUAUAAUAUGUAA